AUGGCUUUGAGUACAUACUCCAACAUGGGAGCACUCGAAAACCUUGGCUCAGAAAUGAACACUCCUUUCCAAGUCCAGCCAAGAGAAGCAGAGCUCCUCAGCUAUUCCAACACUUUUGAUCUUCCAAACACCUUUCUUCAUCCACUCUACGACCCUAAUUAUAAUACUUUCAUACACCAAGAAGAUGAUGACGCUGACACUGAUUAUGAUCUUCUUCUUCCAUACUUGUCUGAAAUUUUGACACCCCAGGAUUCGGAUCCCUACUCAUACCCAAAGCGCCAAAAAUGCUAUGGAAACGAAUAUUUCUCGGAUUUUACACCGACUUUCUUUGAUGGGUUUUUGCCUGACUUCUUCUCUCCGAUGCCCGACUAUCGUAAUGUUGGGCCAGGCGCUGGAUAUUGCACCCAACAAGUUGAUCAUCACCAUCAUCAUCAGUGUUCAACGAAAAUGAUCAAUGAAAGAAGCGUGUCGGCCCAGAGCGUUGCGGCUCGGGAAAGGAGAAAGAAGAUCACUGAGAAGACUCAAGAGCUAGGGAGGCUCAUUCCCGGGGGCACCAGGUUGAACACAGCUGAGAUGUUCCAUGCUGCUUCCAAGUAUGUCAAAUACUUGCAGGCCCAAGUUGGGAUUCUUCAACUCAUGGGAUCUUUCCAGGAGAUAUAUGAGGCAUCUCCCAGGGAAGAACUGCAAGUAAUCCUGGCAUCCCCAUCGGUUCAAGAGAAGCUGUAUUUGGAGGAUAAGUGUUUGGUCCCAAAGGAGCUUGCCAAAGUGUUGGCAAAACAUUGUGACAUCCAAUCUAAGCCUUCAAUUUCUAAUGAUCUCAAUCAGCUGGUAAGAUCUGAGGAUUGACAAGGCGGCAGCAAGCAGCAGAAUAUGUUCCACUUAUGUGUUUUUGUUCAAUUCAUCUUAUAGUUAAUUAAUUUUC